CUCCACUCUCCGACCCGGCCCUGAGCAGCAACAGCCAUGUCCAACAACAUGGCCAAGAUCGCUGAGGCCCGCAAGACGGUGGAACAGCUGAAGCUGGAGGUGAACAUCGACCGCAUGAAGGUGUCGCAGGCGGCGGCUGAGCUCCUGGCUUUCUGUGAGACGCACGCCAAAGAUGACCCGCUGGUGACACCUGUACCUGCCGCCGAAAAUCCCUUCCGCGACAAGCGCCUCUUUUGCGUCCUGCUCUAAGUUCUCCCGAGAGUUUACCCUCCCCUCGCCCAAGUAUGAAUCCAAUAAACUUGGUGACCGUG